AUGGAGGCACCAAGGCAGCGACGGCAGGAGUGCUGUGAGAAACCCGGUGCAGUGCAUGCCCAGGAUGGUCAAGCCGAUUCCGAGCUUGAGAAGGAUGGGCAGAAAGGAGGCCACAAAGGCCAGAAAGAGCAUCACGGUGAUGGAAUGCAUCACCCGUGCUGCAGGAGAUUCCUUGCAUCUCCAAUCUGGAGAUGCGCGACGCUUGUCGUCGUCGGCUUUACUCCAGUCUUUGGCAUGUGGCUGGCGAUGCCCGAGCUCUUGGCGGCGCUCGAGAUCUCGCCUUGGUCGCUGACUUGGGCGAUGAACUUCCUGUUCGGCAGCUGGAUUUCCAUUCAGUUCCUCUUCAACUUCAUAGCGACGCAGUGGACUGAUGCCGGCGACUGCAAGACUAUCAAGCCACCCCACGAGGUGACCGGGCAGUUCGAGUUGGGCAGAUGCGAUGAUGCGCCGCAGCUACUCUAUGCACCUAACUGGUGCACGAAGUGCGGACAUUGGAAGCCGCCCAGAUCUCAUCACUGUAGCAUGAGCAAGCGAUGCAUUCUUCGCAUGGAUCACUACUGUCCCUUUACUGGGAACUGCAUCGGCCUGAGAAACCAUGGCCACUUCAUUCUCUUCUACGUUUUCUCGUUUGUGGGCUUGUCGUAUUCUUUGGUGCUGUGCUUUGCGGCUGUCUACAGAGCGGGCUAUUUCUCGCGCUUCACCUCAACAGCCGGUGCCAAGCUUUACGAGAACCAGCGGUGGAUCGGCCAGCAGACGCACAUGAUCAGCAGCUUGAACACCUUGCUGCUCUCGGCGCUGAUGGAGGUGCUUCACCGCAACGGCAUCACCAUUCUGGUGCAGCUCGGGGCGAGCAUCAUCGCCAUGGUUGCUGUUGCUGCCACCGGCACGCCAGCCCUGCACCUGGCAUGGACCAACACGACCACCAUGGAGAGGCUAUUCCCAAUGAAGGAGUACGUGCAGUUGAAGGAGCAGGUGUACUGCCCGGUUGGCCCCGGCUUCUACCGUCGGGCCGGCACCGAGAAUCUCGAGGUCAUCCUUGGAUCUAGGUGGUGGCUCCGCUUGCUUUUUCCGCUUCGCGGAUCUGUUGAUAUAGGUGCAGCGCUUGCACCUCGUCCAAGUGCAGAAGGUUCUCGGGCACUGUGGGAUCGCAUCCAGCAAGUGAAGGAGCAGGGGGUGCGACAGGAAGUGCGGAGCUGCCAGGAGCUCGGCUUCGAUCCCGGCCCCGCCACGGCGGCCAGCACGGUGUGA